AUGCAGUCUGAUUUGAUGAGCAGUGAUUGUGAGGGGUGUAUAAUCCAGGUGGCAACUCUUGAGAAGACUCAGCUCAUUGCAAAGGAUUUUUCUGAGCUGCGCAUCCACUUCUGGCCCGACGUAUGGCCAUUCAUGGUGGGGUUAUAG